AUGGUGUCCGCGACCCUCCUGAGCGUCGGGAUACAUAUCUUCCCCUACCCUCCUCGAUGGCUGGCGCCGGUCAACCGAUCAAGCCAAAGUCUCGCAAGUCUGGCGAAAUUCCGACGCUUGAUCCCGGACGACAGCCGAGUUCAAACCGCGGAAUCCUGGCCGAAGCCUCAGCACGUCUUGCAGGAGAAGAAGCACCCCGGCGCCGACAGGGUCAAGCUGGAGAUCCUGUCCUGGAUGGAACUCUUCACGAAGAUGUGGCAUCGUAUUGUCGUCGGUGCAGGCGUAUGCUUCUUCCAGCAAUUCUCUGGCAUCGAUGCUUUCAUAUUUUACGCGCCCACUUUGUUCGAGUCUGUCGGCCAAUCGUCAGAGAUGGCCUUGAUCCUCUCGGGCGUCGUCAACAUCUUGCAACUGGUCGCCGUGUUUAUCUGCUUCAGUUCCAUCGACUUGAUCGGGCGACGGCCCAUAGCCAGGGUCGGCGGCUUUGGAAGCGCAGCUUGCUACCCUGUCAUCGCCAUCCUCUCCGGACUGUGCGAGAAAGACUGGUCCGCAAACAACGCCGCCGGGUGGGCAUGUGUGGCGAUGGUCUUUGCCUUCAUCCUCGUCUACGGGAUCUCAUCCUCGCCUCUGGGCUGGACGCUGCCACCGGAGGUGUUUCCGACAUCGUGUCGGUCAAAGGGAGUUGCGCGGGCCGUUGCGGCCAACUGGCUCUCGAAUUUCACCAUGGGUAUUGCCAUGCCUGCCAUGUUGCAGUCAAUCAGGUAA